AUGUCGGACUACGGUGACGCUCAGCACAACGGCGGCGACAGCGGUGCCCGCGGCGAGGGCGGCUACGGCGGUGGCCGUGACGGCGGCUACGAUGGCGGUCGUAACGGCGGCUAUGGCGGUGGUCGUGACGGUGGCUACGGUGGCGGCUAUGGCGGCGGUCGCGGCGGGGAUCGCUACCGCAGCGGCGGCGGCUACGGUGGUGGUCGUGGCUACGGUGGCGGCUACGGCGGCGGCCGCGGCGGAGAUCGCUACCAUGACCGCCACGGCGGCCUGGGUUCCAACCUGCACCGGAUCGACUGGGACGCCGUGCAGAAGGUGGCGACGCAAUGGAACUUUUACAAGCCUCAGAAGCCGCGCAGCGAGGAGGAGAUUGCGACGUGGCUUCGCGAGAACAGCAUCACCAUCUACGGCGACCGCGUGCCGCAGCCGAUGCUCGAAUUUUCCGACCUGGUCGCCCCAGAUGCCAUUCAUCAGGCUUUCAUGGACGCCGGAUUCCAGAAGCCGACCCCGAUUCAGUCCGUCUCCUGGCCGGUCCUGUUGAACUCGCGUGACAUUGUCGGCGUGGCCAAGACGGGCUCUGGCAAGACGAUGGCCUUCAUGAUUCCCGCGGCCCUGCACAUUAUGGCGCAGCCUCCGCUGCAGCCUGGCGACGGUCCUAUCGCCCUCGUCCUCGCCCCGACCCGCGAGCUGGCGGUGCAGAUCGAGACAGAGACACGCAAGGCUUUGACGCGCGUGCCGAGCAUUAUGACGACGUGCGUGUAUGGUGGCACUCCGAAGGGGCCGCAGCAGCGCGCCCUGCGCGCCGGUGUGCACGUCUGCAUUGCAACGCCAGGUCGCCUGAUUGACCUGCUGGAGACGAACUGCACGAAUCUGCUGCGUGUCACCUACCUCACCCUCGACGAGGCGGAUCGCAUGCUUGAUAUGGGUUUCGAAGACCAAAUCCGCAAGAUCUGCUCUCAGAUUCGCACAGACCGCCAGACGCUCAUGUUCUCGGCGACGUGGCCGCGCGAGAUCCGAAACCUCGCCGCCAGCUUCCAGAAGGACUUUGUACGUGUCCACAUCGGCUCCGAGGAGCUGGUGGCCAACGCUGAUGUCCACCAGCACGUCUUCGUCGUUGAGGGAUAUCACAAGGAGGAGAAGAUGGAGGAGAUUCUUCGCCAGGUCGGACCGCAGCGCGUACUCGUCUUUGUGAAGACAAAGAAGUCGUGCGACAUUUUGCAGGACCGCCUUGGCCGCGCGCUGCGGCAGACGGUGCUCGCUAUUCACGGUGACAAGCUGCAGUCCAGCCGCGACUACGUGCUGGACCGCUUCCGAAAAGACGAGCGCGCGAUCCUCGUCGCCACCGACGUGGCAGCGCGCGGUCUCGAUAUCAAGGACUUGGACGUGGUGGUGAACUACGAUAUGCCACUGAACAUCGAAGAUUAUGUGCAUCGUAUUGGUCGUACGGGUCGUGCCGGUAAGACCGGCGACGCCUAUUCCUUUGUUUCAUCGGCUGAUAACAGCAAGACCAUUCGUGACCUGAUCGACCUGCUGCUGCGCGCGAAGCAGGAGGUCUCGCCGGAGCUCUACGCCGUCUGCCAGUACGCGCGCAGCGAUGGCGGCCGCGGCGGACGUGGGUACGGCGGUGGUGGCUACCGUGGCGGCCGUGGGUACGGCGGUGGUGGCUACCGUGGCGGCCGUGGUUACGGUGGUGGUGGCUACCGCGGUGGUCGCGGCUACGGCGGGCCCGGUGGUGUCCCUGGUGGUCCCCCGCGCAGCGAGAGCUUCACACCGUACUAG